AUGGAGUCAUUCCGUGAGCUGAAUUUAAAUUUAUUGAAUGUGGACGAGUACAGAUGUUUUGAUGACCCGGUGGUUAAUGAUCAGUUUAACGCGUCAUUUAUAUUAUGCGGCGACUGCUCGAAGGACAAUUUGAAGGCCGAGUGGUGCACUGGAAAUAUCUUUACUGGAAGUUUCGAUCACAUAGGACGCGGUUUCGUUUCAAUGUUUACAACAUUUACGACGGAGAACUAUCCUGACAUUAUGUUCCCGGCGUUUGACUAUUCCAGUGAACGGAACUCUCGUUGGGUCACACUUUUCUUUUCAAUUUACUUGUAUCUUGGUGCGUUCUUCUUCAAUGCUCUAAUUAUUGGCGUUAUCAUCGAUGCUUACUGGGUUGUUUCGAAGGAUGAAGUCAAAUCUGAGCGUACUCAAAUUCGUAAAUCUCUUGCUCUCGCGUGGGGAAAAUUGAUCGGAGAUGAUGCUGAUGAGGAUGUCAACAAAAUAUCUGUCGAAGAUCCAAAACUUCUAGAACUCUUUGAAACUCUGAAACCUGAUAACAACGAGGAAGAAAACAAGAAUCUCAUAUCUAUGCUCGACACAAUUAAUGAUGGCUACAUUGACCCCUUUGAUUGGACAACAAGGCUUCUUGAUAUUUUACGAAUACAGUUUAAAAACGAUGAGAUCGAUGAUUCGACGGAAAAUCUUGUUGAGUCAAAACAAAAUUACUCGCAAAGACUACUGAUUUUUCUGGUACCGACGCAUACGAUAUUGUUCCUUUCAUACUAUGUCAAUAUCAACUGCUACGUUUACCUUGCGAUUCACUCGGCUCAGACUCUGAUAAUUUUAAUUUCAAUCAACAAAGAAAUUCUUCUCAGAAAAAUUACGAAAAAAGUAAAAUUUGAUCUUACUCUCUACCUCAUUGCACUGGGAUGCUCGGCUUGCUGGUAUAUCACUUUCUUUCUUGAUGAUUGUGUAUGCAAAGACUAUUCAAAUUCUUGCAGCACCACUGUGUUACUCUUAGCUGUUGGUGGAAUUCUACGAGCACUUUCCGCCUUUAUUAUGCUUUUACGCUUUUUCUUCAGCAUUUCAUGGUUUGACAAAGGAUCCUCCAUGAUCUCAUAUCUUUUCAAUAUAAUUGUUGACCUCUUUGUUGUUGUCAUGGUUCUUCAAUACUUCUUCGCCCAAGUUGGAUACGAGUCCUUUGUGGGCACCGAACUCGACCUUUCAAUUAUCAUUUCUGGGCGAGACGCUUCUGGUUACAACUGCGGCUUUGGCUUCGAUUCGUUUCUCUGCUCGAUUCUGAUCCAGCUUCAAAUCUUUAGCACAAACGAUUGGCCAGCAAUCAUGGAAAAUCUUGCGCUCGACUAUGAACCAAAAUUUUUCGUAUACCUCUACUUCAUUGGAUGCUUCAUCAUCAUAAAUCUGGUCUGCAUGCAAAUGGUGAUCGCGGUCAUUUUAGAAGCAUUCAAGAUUUUUUCAAAUAAAGACUCGCAGAAAGACUUGGAAAAGUUACAAGAUGACAAGCGAAAAUCAAAGAACUCUUUCAAUCUGGCGGAUAUGCUCACUACUUUUGCUACUCAAACCUCAUCCAGCAAUUCUUCAUCAGAAAACUCAUCAAAUCAGCCUCGACCAGAUGAUUCGGAUGUUUUCUUCGUUGGAGCGAAAGUUAUCUUAGAAAAAGAUUAUACCGACCAACUGAACGACAUUUAUCUCGACAAAGGAGACGAGAUCGAAAUUGUCGACACAACAAACAACCACGUGACCGCGUCGAUGGAGGGCGAGAUUAUCGGUUCUGUACCGAAAACAAUUUUGAAAGGGUUCAAGGAAGCAGAGCCUGUUGUUCCUAAUCCGAGGCUGAGUCACAGAGCAGUGGCAAUUAGACCCGAGAGCUGGACUGUUGGCGUUCAUGGCGACAUGACAGUAAUGAACAAGGAUGAAAUGGCGAAGCUCAAUCAAGUAUUCAAGGGCUCACUGAUGACAGGAGAAGAACGCCUCCAUCAGAGAAAGAAGAAGAGGCGAAAAAGAACGGUUUCUGAUGAAAGGCCAAAUUGGGUCGACUCUUUUAGUGUGAAUGAAUCUGUAGAAGACUCGAUUGAAGUGAUUCAAGAAGAACCAGAGCCUGAUGAGAGCGAAAUCACUAUGGAACGAACUGCUACAAAAGUCAAGUUCUCUGAAGUCAUUCAUGAAAUUCCACAACCCGAGAGCCGCGAAGAAUCACCUGUUGUUCCGCUUUCAAGGAAAGAAUUGAUGCGACAAAGGAGAAGAAACGACAGUAUAAAGAAAAUAUGA